GUAUUUCAGCCCGCUGCACUCCUGGAUGUGAUGAACAACACGGUCACUGUAACAAGCCCAACGAAUGCAUAUGUCAAUCCGGGUGGAAAGGAGCUCUUUGUGAUGAAUGCGAACCUUACCCGGGAUGCAUGCACGGAACCUGCAAGAAACCGUGGGAGUGUCUGUGUAACGAAGGCUGGGGUGGUUUAUUUUGCAAUCAAGAUUUGAACUUUUGUACCAACCACAAACCAUGCCAGAACGGAGGAACCUGCUUCAACACUGGCCAGGGUUCGUACACCUGCAAAUGUCCUCCGGGUUAUACGGACACCGACUGCGAAACUCGCAUCAGCGACUGCGCCGCUAUGCCAUGUCUGAAUGGAGGUAUAUGUCACGAUGAGAAGCAUAGUCGAGGCGGCUAUCGGUGUGACUGUACGAAGGGUUGGAUUGGAACGCAUUGCGAGAAAGAAACGGUUACUUGUGCGGAAAAACCCUGUUUGCAUGGGUCGUGUAAGGAUACGAAUUUGGGGUUUAAGUGCGAGUGUCCUGUGGGUUAUAGUGGCACUGCGUGCGAAGUUCAAGUCGACGAAUGUAACCCAAGUCCUUGUGAAAAUGGUGGCACUUGCUUCAACAAUGGCGACACAUUCAAGUGCCAAUGUCCGAGUGGGUACAGUGGUAUUCGAUGCGAAAUUAAUACCGACGACUGCCAAGGCAACCCGUGCAUGAAUGGUGGAUCCUGCGUGGAUAUGGUGAAUCAAUUCCGAUGCCAGUGUGUUCCGGGAUUUAUAGGAUCUCUGUGCGAAAAUAAGGUUGAUCUUUGUCUGACAAAGCCUUGUGCUAACGGAGGAACAUGCAUUAAUCUAAACAACGACUAUCGCUGCAAAUGUCGGCCUGGAUUUACGGGAAAAGACUGUAGCGUCGAUGUUGAUGAAUGCAGUUCCACGCCCUGCAGGAACGGUGGCACAUGUGUCAACAGAGUAAACAGUUUUCAAUGUGUCUGCGCUGGGGGCUUUCGAGGAUCAACUUGUGAGGAAGAAGCUCUAUCAGCUAGUUGGGAUUCGGCUACAGGUAGCAUUUCGGCUCAUGUUGCAAAUGGAUACCACGAAGCGCAAAGUGGCAGAAGUGAUGGUCUCAGCAAUGGACAAAUUGUGUUGAUUGCUAUUUUUUCUGUCGCGACACCACUGGCUGCAUUCAUUGCGACAGCUGUGGUUAUUUGCAUGAAACGUAAACGCCGGCGUGAACAGGAGAAAGACGAUGCUGAAGCUCGCAAACAGAACGAACAAAAUGCCUCGCACAUGACGCACCACCACCAUAAUUCCAUGUCAUCAUCGAAACGGAGCAGUAACAGCGCUCUAACCAACCUGGAUACGUCACAUCACAUGAUUAAGAAUACCUGGGACAAAAGCGUCAACAAUAUGGCUGCCUCUGCUAGUUUAGACGAGGGAUGCCUGAUGAACAGUAGUUUGUACGGUGGGAUACCCGGCGGAUAUGGAGCGGAGACAGGCUCUGCUAGUAGCGAACAAUGCUAUCAAGCAACCACAGUUCCUACUACUUUGCAACGUGCCAAAUCACAAAAACAACUCAACACCGAUCCCAUGGUGAUGCAACGUGCGUCGCAACUGAUCGCCGGUGCAGGAGGAGGACAAUCGUCUGUCGGACUGGCAGUUGGCCAGGCUAGUUCGGCUGCUCCUACUACCUCAUCGGCAGCAGCGACCAGUACCAAAGAAAUGCUGCUUGAGAAGCGGAUAUCAGUGCUCUCAGAUGCCAGUUUAUGCAAUACCCGAUGGAGUAGCUCCCAAAAUCGGCAGAUUGUUGGGCCGUGCAGUCCGCCACACGUAUAGAACUAUAGGAUUUUUUAAAAUUAUCUUUUUUUAUAAUAGAUCUCCCGCUUAUUGCCUGAAGGGAAAAUACGUUCAGGGCAUAUUUUUGUAAUUAUCAAACCUUAAAUUAUUCUCAUUUAGUAUCGAUAUUUAAAAAAAAAAACGUUGGAAUUACAGAAAAAAAUUCAUGAACUCAUAUAGAUUUAAGUUUCUAGUGCACGUCCAAAAAAAAAACAACUACAUUUAUUAAAUUUUAGUUUGUUGGUCAUUGAUUGAACAAAGAAAUGAAAUUGUAAAUGUUGAAUUAUUUAUCAAACUGACCGAGCAUACCAGCUUUGUAGUGAGGGUGAUGUUUAAACAUUACUACUCAAUGAAAGUAGCUUGUUAUAAAUUGCAAGAUAAAAAUAAAUAAAUUAUAUACUUAUAAACAAUAAUUUGUCAUAUCAGAGCACUCGUGUGUCAAAAAUAUUUACGAAACGAGCCUCGCUAAGUUCGAUUUCCGUAUCGGAAUGGAUCUCGAUUAAGUUGUUUUUUUUUCGUUUUUAUUCUUAUUACAUUUAUUGAAAAGAAAACAACAUAAAGCUCGUCCAAGGUCAGUUUAAAAGCUCUGUAUUGAAGAAAAUAUAAUAAACGAAGACGUAUGUGUAUUCAAAAACAAUAAUGUAAAUAAGUAGUCGUAAGAGCAAUCAAACAUUUUGUCGUUGUCUUAUCACCUAGUACAUCUAGCUCUUUUUUUAUAAUUGGUUUUCCAUAGGUUAAGCAAAGCGUUUAUGUAAAUAAUAAUUUGACUGAUAGUAAAUUUAGAACAUACACUAAUGAAAUGGAAUCAGCCAUACAAAAGCCUUUGGAAUGUAGGUAGUCUCUUUGCAUUUUAACACUGUAGUGUUCUAUGUUUUUUCACAGAUCAUGGGGAACAUAUAUAAUGGUUGGUACUCAUGCAAAUAUUUGGCAACCUCAACUUUAUGGCUGCCAUCCACUAACUAUUUCCCCUAUGGAUAUUUUAGAACUUCUUGUUACAAGUUCACAUGACAAGUAAAAUCAUCGUUGAACGCAAGUUCCUGGUUGAAAAACAAAAUGAACUGACAUCAAACCACACAAUCAUAUUAUUCAUUGCUUGCUCUUGCAAACAAGUCCAGACUGAUUCGUGAUUAGGGCAUACAUGAUUUUGUAAGCCCUUAAAAGGUCAAUUGUCGAUUUCUCGUGGAUAAAAGCUCAUUCUCUCAAACAAACUAUUCCAAAUGGGACGAAAUUAUCAAAUAUGAACCAACAGGUCUGUGCCAUAAAAAGGGGACGAAAUAAAAAAAAAAGUUGAACAAUAUGACCAUUUGUGACGAAACUAUUGAGUGUAGCAUUUUGAUGUCUUCUAGAAUGUUUCUGCUUUUCUGCAUUUUGUGAGUACUUUAUUUAAGUGGGGAUUUUUUUUUUCUUAAGGAGGAUAAAAAAAUGUCUUUUUAAAAUCGAUGAACGUC